GUGCCCGGAGAGCGCGGAGCGGAGCCCGCGGAGAUCGCUGCCUCCUCUGUCGCCUCCGCCGCGUCCGCGCCUCAGUCGCCUCCGCCGCCUCCUCGCCUCCGCCGCCUCAGCCGCCGCGGGCAGCGGCCGCCUGUUGUCCGCCGGCGCCCCGAGGAGCCGCGGGGGAGCCCGCCGGCGCCGCACGUAUCCUGGGUCAUGAAACUUAAUCCACAACAAGCUCCAUUAUAUGGCGACUGUGUGGUGACGGUCUUACUCGCUGAAGAAGACAAAUUGGAUGAUGAUGUGGUCUUUUACUUGGUGUUUUUGGGCUCCAGCCUCCACCACUGUUCAAGUACUCGGAAGGUCAGUGCUGACACGCUGGAGACCGUCGCUCCCGGCCACGACUGCUGUGAGACGGUGAAGGUGCUGCUCUGUGCCUCCAGGGAGGGCCACCCUGUGCUGGUGGUUACUGAAGGGGACUUCCAGUUCAUCCAGGAUGAGGCAUAUGACGCGGCCCAGUUCCUGGCCACCAGCGCGGGGAAUCAGCAGGCUCUGAACUUUACGCGCUUCCUUGACCGCUCAGGACCUCUGACCGGGGACGUGGACUCCUUGGACCGGAAGGUGGCCUUGGCCUUCCGACACCUGAAGCUGCCCGCUGAUUGGAACGUGUUGGGGCCCGACCAGACUCUACAUGAUGGUGCCCCCCGGGAAACACUCAUGCAUUUUGCUGUGCGGCUGGGACUGCUGAGGUUGACGUGGCUCCUCCUGCAGAAGCCUGGUGGCCGCAGAGCCCUCAGCGUCCACAACCAGGAAGGAGCGACACCUGGAAGCCUGGCCUUGGAGCGAGGGUACCACCAGCUGCACCAGCUCCUCACCCAGGAGGAUGCAGGGGAGCCUGACUGCUGGAGCUGCCUCUCCCAGGAGGUCCCAUGUGGGAGCUGCUCCCUGAAGCACCGCCGAGACCUGGACGUCUAUACCCUCACCUCCGAGUCUGGAGCACAGCACGGGCCUGCCUCUUUCCCAGAAGGCUGCACAGCACCUGUUUCCAAGCUUAGGAACCUUCAGCAGCAGCUCAUGAAAACCCACCUCAAGCCGAUGGACAAUCCUAUGCCCCUGAUGGUGACAGCGCAGGAUCCUCCUCAUCUGCCCAGUGCCGCGGCUCCCAGUGACAGCUGUCCUCCCUGCCCCGCAGAGCCCGAAGCUGGCCAGCAGCUCUCUCCUCCUGCAGAUUCUGACCAUGCUCCCAGCCACUUCAGGAGCCCUGUGGGGCCGGCAGGGGCUUCCGGGAACCUGUCCAGUGUGAUUAAGGGAGAGAGCACAGGCCAUUCCUGUCAGGAGGGAAUGAGGAGUGCCGAGAGGGAAGGAGGGGAGGCAGCGCUGCUGUCUCCGGCAGACUCUGGUGAGGGAAGGGGCCUUGGAGGCCUUCUGGCGGGGGGCACCCAACACAAAGGGGCUGGAGUGAGAUGUCCUGGGGGCACAGAGCAGGAGCCCCCAGCGAGUGGAGAUGCUCCUUUGCUUGGGCUUCAGCUCUUAGAGUCGGGGAUAGCCCAGCCUGACUCUGCAGAAGUACCGGCGGUUGGUGCAGCUGCGGGAGACGGGGUCCCUGAGCCUGCAGCAGUGACUGAGUGUCGACCCAGGAGCCUGGCUGCUGCUGUCCCCGGGGUGGUGCCCGAAGCAGGCAGAAAUGUUGGGGACAGGCUGGAGAACCUCGGCAGUGGCGUAGCUGGUGUCUCUGAUGCCAGUGUCACCAGCAGCCAUGUCCCCACCACCGGAUCCUUGGGGAGUGAUGCACCUUCUAGCUCUUCCCUGGCUUUCAGCGGCAGAGAGCCCAUCCCCGGAAGCUCUGUGGGCGCAGGCAGUUCAGGGAGCACUGGUACUGCAACACACCAGGACCCUUGCCAGGAUGGAGCUGUCGCCCAUGGGGAGGCUGCCGGCACGGCAGGCCGCUGCCCUGACUGCAGCUCUCCCAGGCCAGAAGCAGGUGUCCUGCCUCAGAAGUCACAGCCCGAUUCCCUGCCGCUUCCCAGCCCACCGCCUGACUGCUGCCCCAGAGGAGGGGACCCACCUGGCACUGUUGCUGCUGCCACCUCCACUGUGCCACAGAGCAAGCUGACUUCAGGUGGUGUGGGGGCUGUGGAACCCUCUGCUCCCAGUGUUACCCUGCAGGCAGAGAGCGCCCCCAUAGAGGGUCCCCGAGUACAGCUUUCCACUGCCGGCUGCUGCCCAGGGCCCCCCACGGGCCCAGCCACCCCUGACUCUGACAGCACCCCCUGGGAGCCUGUGGACUGGGGGCCUCUCAGUGUUUCAGAUACAGAAGGCCAUGGAAGAGACUGGAAGCCAGCCGGGUCUCUGACCACUCCACUGGAGGGGACUCUGCACCCACAUCUUGUCCCCAGUAUGGAGUCAGAACUGGGCUCGGGCCAGGUGGUGACAUCAGACAGGACUUUCUCUCCAGCAGGCAGUGUGGGCAGUGAAUCAGUAACCAGAGAUGACGUGCUGGUGUCUGUCCCCUCCCAGAAGGAAAAGGGAACAGCAACUCCUGGGCCUCCUGGGCCUUCAGCCGACGGACAUGAUCCGCACAGAGAGGUUCCAGCCUGGGAGGAGCAGCUGCUGCCAGACCACCCUGCCCACCAGCCCGGGCACAGCCCUGCGCACGACCUGCCGCCCAGCAUGGGGAAUGCCAGCCCCGCUGGCCUGGGGAGUGAUACUGAGGACCCCUGUGCCCCUGCAGCCCCCAGGGGCCCAAGUAGUGACGGGGACACCGGUCCUUCCCUGUUGAGUGGGGGCAAGGUGCUGUUGGCCUCGGAUUUUAUUUUGAAGGAAGAUGGAAGAACCCCGAUGGUUCUGGAAAGCUCUGCAGCCCAGGGGCCAGAGGACAAGGGUGAAGCGACACUGAGUUCCUCCAUGCAGGAAGUUGCUCCUUCUGCUGGCACUUUGCUGGGAGAGCAGCGAGUGCCCCCUGGACAGCAGGCACCAGGACACCAGCUAGAGCCGAGCUCCUCUGCCUGUGCCCAGGACAAGGCCCUUUCCAGGCCCCCCCUGGGCGUGCCCCUGGCCUCUCAGUCCACAGAGCACCAGCAGAACAAGGAAGUGGCCUUGCCAGACGUGCUGCCCCCUGCAGGGGCUGCUGCUCAGCAUGCGCUGCCCACUGUGGACUCCAGCCCCAGGACCCCAGGGGCAGAGCAGAGCAGCCCAGAAGCGGCAGAGGCUCUUCUUCACCCGCGCUGCACUCUGGAUGCCGCAGUGGAAAACACUCCAGCCCAGGGCAGCAGUGCAGUCUCCGCGGCCAGAGGGACCGAGCGGUCACACAGCUCCUGCGAUAUCCCGCGCCCAAAAGUCUCCUGGGGCCAGGUGACGGCUCUGAACCCAGACUUGCCAGAGGCUUCCCCAAGCCCAGGGAUGCCAGGGUGGCAGGCUGCUGUAGCCGCAGAGGGCGCGCUGGAUAUAGCCCCACUGCAGCCUGUGGUCGGAGUGGGCCCGGUCCCUGCCGCCCCUGCCCUGCAGAUGCCCCCCAGAGCGUGCACGGACCGCACUAUUGAGGAGGCUGCGAGUCGCAUCGUGAAUGCUGUCAUCCAGCAGGUCAGGGCCUCAGGAGCUCUGGGCAUGGCCGGGAGUGGCCAUCCCCUGUCGCCGUCUGCUCUAGCGGAGCUGGACGCAGCAUCAGAACAGCCGCAAGAGCUUGCCCCUGUUGGGACCACAGGGGCCAUCCUGCCUGGGGAGACCCCCUCGAGAGCCAGUGUUCAUGAAGACCCCGUAACCCUCUCUGGGAGGGAGGAGCCAGAGAGGAAGCUCCCAUGUGUGCCAGGACCUGCGCUGGCAGCAGAAAUGCCAGACACGAAAGCUGAAGAUGGAGUGGAUUUUCUCGGUGAGCCCAGGGGCAGUGCCAUUUCUGAGGAGGCAUCUGGUGAAGCUUCCCCUCCCAAGAUGAAGCACAGCCCGAAGACCCAGGUGAUAAACCGAGAGAGCUGGUGUACCAUCGAGCCAUGCCCAGAUGCAGCAUCUCUCCUGACUCCCACCACGAGCCCAGAGAGUUUCCUGGAUGUUGGACUGGGCAGUGAGCGCACCACCAAGCCAGGGGCACUUCCGGGGGGCGCUGGGAGCGACUGUGACCUCUUCCACUCGCCCAGCGAGGACGUGGACAGCGCCAUCUUCUCCAGGCCCGAGGAGGAACAGCUGGGCUGCGACCUCACUGGCUCCAGCUCCUGCACCGACGACUCCGCCUCACUGGACCGCCACUCCUCCCUGGGCAGCGACGUGUCCCUGCCCCAUGUGGCACAUGGGAGCAGGCCCAGAGACCAGCCUGGCCUGGAAGGUGCCGGCAGCCCUGAAGCAGGUGCCACAGGCCGCCAGAGUGCUCGUGACCCGGCUGGCUCGGGGGACCUCGAGGACGAGGAGACGGACAGUGUCACCGAAGUACCAAGCACGCGCUCAGUGCUCAGGAGCUCAAUGCGCUCGCUGUCCCCUUUCCGGAGGCACAGCUGGGGACCAGGGAAGAACGCAGCCAGUGAUGCGGAGAUGAACCACCGGAGUUCCCUGCGCAUUCUGGGAGACAUUGUCAGGAGGCCUCCCCUUCAUAGGAGAAGUCUGAGCUGGUGUCCUUCUGGCGUGCCCCCUUCUGCUGCCCUGAGUGCUGACUUUCAUUACAGAAGUUUCAGCCUGGAAGGCCUGGCCGGUGGGGCUGGGGCCGGGGGUCAGCCAUGCUCGUCUCUCGAUGUGAGUCCUGCCAGCACCACAGGGUCCAGACACCCUUUCAGCAGCCAAGAGCGGCGGGGCUCUCUGGUGUCCCUUUCAGAAGAAGACCUGGAAUCGGGCCAGACAGAACACAGGAGAGUAUUUGAUCCACAGACUUGUCACAGAUCUAAACCACAGGGAUUUAAUUACUGUACGUCAGCCAUUUCUUCUCCUUUGACCAAAUCCAUCUCCUUAAUGACCAUCAGCCAUCCUGGGUUGGACAAUUCACGGCCUUUUCAUACUACCAGUGCCAAUCUGACUGAGAGUAUAACAGAAGAGAGCUAUAAUUUCCUGCCACCAAGCCCCUCCAAGAAAGAUCUUGAAGGAAAGAGUGGAACCAAGGUCAGCCGCACCUUCAGCUACAUCAGAAACAAGAUGUCGAGCAGCAAGAAGAGUCGGGAAAAGGAAAAGGAGAAAGAGAAGAUCAAGGAGAAGGAGAAGGACUUGAAAGAGAAAGAGAAGGACAAGAAGAUUGUCAAUGGACACACUUUCAGUUCUGUCCCCACCGUGGGACCCAUCAGCUGCAGCCAGUGCUCCAAGCCCUUCUCCAGCAAGGAGGCCUACACCUGUGCAGGUUGUGGAGCUUUGGUCCACAAAGGCUGCCGAGAAAGUCUGGCCUCCUGUGCGAAGGUCAAGAUGAAGCAGCCCAGAGGGAGCCUGCAGGCCCAGGACACCUCGUCACUGCCCACAGUCAUCAUGAGAAACAAGCCCUCUCAGCCCAAGGAGCGCCCCCGCUCAGCUGUCCUCCUGGCUGACGAGACCACCACCGCCCCCCUGUUUGUGAACCGGCGCUCCCAGCAGACUGUCUCGCUCUCCAAGAGUAUCUCCAUACAGAACAUCGCGGGGGUCGGCAGUGACGAGAGCAUGUCGACCACCUGGAAGUUCCUGUCUCACUCCACAGACUCGCUCAACAAGAUCAGCAAAGUCAACGAGUCCACGGAGUCCCUGACGGAUGAGGGGACCGACAUGAAUGAAGGGCAGCUGAUGGGGGACUUUGAGGCCGAGUCAAAGCUGCUGGAGGCUGAGUCCUGGAGUCGCACCGUGGACAGCAAGUUUCUGAAGCAGCAGAAGAAGGAGGUGGUAAAGCGGCAGGAAGUGAUUUACGAGCUGAUGCAGACAGAGUUACACCACCUCCGCACGCUGAAGAUCAUGAGCGACGUGUACAGCCGUGGCAUGAUGACGGAGCUGCUGUUCGAGCAGCAGACGGUGGACCAGCUGUUCCCCUGCCUGGACGAGCUCCUCAGCAUCCACAGCCAGUUUCUGCAGCGCAUCCUGGAGCGCAGGAAGGAGUCGCUGGUGGACAGAAGCGACAGGAACUUCCUCAUCAGGAGAAUCGGAGACGUGCUGGUCAAUCAGUUUUCCGGGGAGAAUGCAGAGCGCCUGAAGAAGACGUACGGCAAGUUCUGUGGGCAGCACAACCAGUCCGUCAGCUACUUCAAGGACCUCUACACCAGGGACAAGCGCUUCCAGGCCUUCGUGAAGAAGAAGAUGAGCAGCUCCGUGGUGCGGCGGCUUGGAAUCCCAGAGUGCAUAUUGCUUGUCACCCAGCGGAUCACCAAGUACCCAGUGUUGUUCCAGAGAAUUCUGCAGUGCACCAAAGACAAUGACGCAGAGCAGGAAGAGGUGGCGCAGUCCCUGAGCCUGGUCAAGGAUGUGAUUGGAGCCGUGGACAGCAAGGUGGCGAGUUACGAGAAGAAAGUCCGGCUCAACGAGAUCUACAUGAAGACAGACAGCAAGUCGAUCAUGAGGAUGAAGAGUGGCCAGAUGUUGGCCAAGGAGGAUCUGAAGCGGAAGAAGCUGGUGCGGGACGGGAGUGUGUUUCUGAAGAGUGCAGCCGGGAGGCUGAAAGAGGUCCAGGCAGUCCUGCUUUCGGACAUUCUGGUUUUCCUUCAAGAGAAAGACCAGAAGUAUGUCUUUGCCUCACUGGACCAGAAGUCGACAGUGAUUUCGUUAAAGAAGCUGAUUGUCAGAGAAGUGGCACAUGAGGAGAAAGGGCUGUUUCUGAUUAGUAUGGGGGGGAAGGACCCAGAGAUGGUAGAGGUGCACGCCAGCUCCAAGGAGGAGCGAAACAGCUGGAUCCAGACCAUUCAGGACACGAUCAACACCCUGAACAGGGAUGAAGAUGAGGGUGUUCCGAGUGAGAGUGAGGAAGAGAAGAGGCUGCUGGACACCAGAGCCCGCGAGCUGAAAGAACAGCUGCAGCAGAAGGACCAGCAGAUUUUGCUCCUGCUGGAGGAGAAGGAGAUGAUCUUCCGGGACAUGGCCUUUCCGGAGGACGCCUCGCCGGGCCCUGGCCCCCGCACCCUCUUCCGCUCCAACACAGAGGAGGCGCUCCGAGGAGCCCCGCUGAUGAAGAGUGCCAUCAGCGAAGUGGAGGCCCUUCAGAGCCUGGUGAGUGGGAGCCUGGGCGGCUCCCUGGGACCAGCGGUCAGCAGCCCCACGGAGCAGGACGGUGCGGUGGGCCCCGUGUCUCUGCCCAGGAGAGCAGAGACGUUUGGCGGCUUUGACAGCCAUCAGAUGAGUGCGUGUAAAGGAGGUGAGAAGGACGAGGGGGACGAUGGCCAGGAUCUCAGGAGGACAGAGUCGGACAGUGGCCUGAAGAAGGGUGGAAACGCUAACCUGGUGUUCAUGCUGAAGAGAAACAGUGAGCAGGUGGUCCAGAGUGUCGCCCAUCUCCACGAGCUGCUCAGCUCCCUGCAGGGGGUGGUGCUGCAGCAGGACAGCUACAUUGAGGACCAGAAGCUGCUGCUGAGCGAGCGGGUGCCGGUGCGGCACUCCGCGCGGCCCAGCUCGCUGGCGGAGCAGGAGAAGCAGCGCAGCCUGGAGAAGCAGCGGCAGGAGCUGGCGGAGCUGCAGCGGCAGCAGGCGCAGCACCUGGACGAGCAGCGGCGGCGCGAGCGGCAGUGGGACGCUCGGGAGCGGGCGCUGCAGGAGCGGGAGGCGCGGCUGGCGCAGCGUGAGGACGAGGUGCGGCGCGGCCAGCGGGACCUGGAGUGCGAGCGGGAGGCGCUGCAGCAGCGCCGCGGGGCCUACCAGGCCGAGCUGGAGCGGCUCCGGGCCGCGCAGAAGCAGCUGGAGCGUGAGCAGGAGCAGCUGAGACGGGACUCGGAGCGCCUGGGCCCACGGCCGGCCGAGUGCGAGGGGCAGGGCUCCCGCUCGCACGCCAAGCUGCUGAGGAUCCCGUCCUUCCUGCCCAACCCCGAGGAGCCCCCGCCGCCCUCCACACCUCCUGUAGCCAAGUCAGGCUCCCUGGACUCGGACCUCUCAGUGUCCCCCAAAAGGAACAGCCUCUCGCGGACACACAAGGACAAGGGGCCUUUCCACCUCCUGAGCUCUGCCGGCCAGACGCACAGGCAGCCGGAGGGGCAGAGCCCCGCGCCAGUGGCCAGCUCCACGCGCCUGUUCGGCCUGGCCAAGCCGAAGGAGAAGAAGAAGGAGAAGAAGAAAGGCAGAGGCAGCCGCGCUCAGUCCAGCGAUGGCCCCGUGGCCGACGAGGCAGCGGAGGGCGAGGAGAUCUUCUGCUGAGCUCCAGGAGCCCUUGCUUGCUCGUGCCCGCCACACACUGCUGCCCAGGACCCGGCCGAGCAUCACGCGCCCUGGAAGGCGGGCCAGGCUCUUGGCUCGAAGAGGUUCCCAGUGAGGGCUGACCUAGACUGCUCUAACACUGAGGUGCGGAAGCAAAGGCCCCGCGCUCGGCCAUCUCCAGGCACUGCCAGUGACCCGCCGGCAGACACCGGGCAGACAGCGCCCACAGCCCUCCAGGCCGGGUCCUGUGCCCCUUCCCUCCCUUGGCACCUGGUCCCGUUAGGAGGGUGCUUGGUGGAGAAUGCGCAGCCUGGUGAGCCCGCCUGCCCGGAGGUGUCUUUUUCCCUGCGGUGACACUUUUUGGUUGUCACUGGCCAUUGGGAAGUGACCGCCGCCUCCUGGCAGUGAUCCUGGCCUGGCCAUGGUGCCUGCCGUGCUGACCCGAAGUGCUCGUGGCCAGGCCCAUGGCAGAACCUGGCUUCUUAAAGACUCUUUCAGUCGGAAGGUCUCUUGUUAUUACUCGUGCUCUGUCCAGGGCCGCUGCCAGCACCCCUCUGCCCCCCACUCCCUUCCCCGCCAUGCUUCCUUGGUUGGCUUGAGGCCUGGACCCAGCUGGUCUGUGCAGGACAGGCCAGGGCACUGGACACCUGCCACUUGUGUUACUCCCCAGGGAAUAGCCUGGAACUUUCUGUGCUUUAAACGUGGCCUUUGGUUCUUGCUUUUCUGCCCUCAAGAGCAUGGAUCUUUGAAGGUUCUUUUUAGACACAGAAAAGAUCUACCCCUGGUGCUUUGAGGGGCUGCAAGCUGGCCUUGCAGACAGAUGUGCCCUGGUCUAUUCGAGGUCUGGUUUCAUUGUUACCUUAGACUAUUUAUUUUGUGUGUGAAUGUGUGUAAAUGUGUGUGAAUGUGUGUGUGUGUUUAUGUAUGCGCGCACGCGCAUGUGGGCACUGCUCCAGAGUGGACGCGCUGCCCAGGGUUCUCCACCCCCAGUGCCAUGCAGUGUGGGCAGCAGGGGAUUGGAGAAGUUGCCCCCCUGCUGGGGAGCUAAGAGUGCACCCUUGCACUGCACUCGCCAUUGUGGGAUUUGUGCCCUUCAGAACAAAGCCAGGGGGUUGGUGGUGGGGCCCUGCUCCCCUGGCCUACCUGGACCCCCAGCCUCCACUCCUGCUGUGGGUUGGAACCAGCACUGACGCUGCUUUGGUUUGUUGAAGAAAGUGGGGUCCUCUCCACUCACACCCCAUAAGUUAAACUGAUGUGGUCAGGGAAUCGGAAGGUGUCUCCGAGGCCGUGGUCCCGCAGUGAGGCCAGGGCCACCUGCUGUGGAGACGUGGGGGUCGCUCUGCACACCCAGUGGGAUCUGGGCACCAGCCCACGGGCCCCCAUCUUAGGAAGCUGAGCGAGCCCUGGAGGUGACCCCUCAUGGGCUCUGUGCCCCGGGUGAGGGGUGCACUUUCUCUGCCCCUUGCAGACAGUCCCUGGCAGGUUGGCUGCUGCUGCUCCGAAUGGUGGCAGGGGUGCCACACUGCCCUGGGGACCCCUACCAGCCUGUCCCACAGGCCCCUGACCCUCACAUCCAUGCGCUGUGGAGGGGCUCCGAGGAGUGCAGGCACCUUGUUCUCUGGUGUGAACGCUCCUCCCUCACGGCUGACUCUGCUGGCCUGUGGGGGCACCCUGGCUCGGAGCAGGAGGCGGUGGCCUCCUACUUCUCUCUGCCUUUGUUCCCAGCACAGCCUGGGUGCGUGUAAUUAUGUAUAAAGUCAAGCAGUUUCUAAACUGUCCCGUUUGUCUAUGUUUUCUGGAAUCUCGCCCUGGCCUCUGGGCUUUGUCCGUUAUUUAUCUUCCUCUCCAGUCCCUGCUGUGGCUUCUGUAACGCCCGGUCCUGGACAAUAAAAGUGUCUGUCUGCAGUGUG